AUGGAUUCGGAGAUGGAGACCGCUUCGGAGGCCUCUGUCGAAAAACUUCGACCGCUGGAGACGGACGACUCCGACUCCGGAAACGAGGGAGUAAAGACGGCGAGACCCGCUGCCAACCGCCGCGGCAAAAAUAACGGUAACGGCCUCACCCGGGCUAGGGCCGAAUUAAAGGAAAAAGAAGAGGAGGAACGGGAAGUUGCCUUCGAGAGGGCGCUCCGUAGCCGUGCCUUUAAAAAGGUAACAACCGAAGAGAAGGACGCAGUAGUGCCGUCAACGUCGGUAACAAAAAACAUGGCGGACCCGGCGACGCUCGGAGCGGAGGAACUCCACGCGGAGGCGGAGCGCAACGUAGCCGCUAUCCUCACGGUUGCCAAAAAAUCGGGCAACCUCAAGGGCGGCUACAUUAAAAGCCUGAAGGAAUCGGCUGCCGCCCUACAGGCUAUAGUCGAGGUCCUCUCUUCUCGCACUGAGGCGGAAGAGACACGGCGUCUGCAGGCGGACAAUAGCCGCCUGCGCCGGGAGGUCGAAAACCUCAAAGAGGACCUGAAGGCCCACAGGAGGGAGUUCGCCGACAUGAGGGCGACCAUGACGGCUUCGAGUGGGCCUUCUGCGGCCACUCCAUCCACCGUUGCUAUGAUUGAUGAACUGAGAGAGUUCAUCACGAUCUCGAUCGGUGCGAUGCUGGACGCCAGACUCCCUCCCCCGAGAUUAAGCAGUCCACCAGCUACAACCGUAGAGCUGGACGCACCGAGGCCUUCGACGCCACCCACGGCUUCUGCUCCCAAAAAGCAGAAGCAGUCCAAAAACAAUAGGACAACUCCGGCUGCAACGGUCCCACCGGCAGCUAGGACGCCCGUCCCUUCAGCUCAGACUGGUGCGGGGCAGGAGGAAAGUUGGGCCACUGUUGUCCGGAAAGGGAAAAAGGAUAAGAAACCUUCCCCACCAGUGGCAAGCAAGCUCACAACCACCCCGGCGGUAACAUCAAAAAAGGGCAAAAUAUCCAUGCCCCGCACCGCUGCCGUCAUCAUCUCUCUGCAGCCUGAGGCAGAAGAGAAGGGAGUGACGUACGCCCAGGUGCUAGAGAAGGCCGAGCAGAGCGUCGAUCUGGCGCAGCUGGGCAUAGGGGAGGGCAUCAAGAUCCGCCGCGCUGCCACCGGUGCUAGGGUCCUAGAGUUGCCCAAGUCGCAGAGUCAGGAGCAGGCUGGGCGACUGGUCGCCAACGUCGUCCUACCCGUGAGGAUGACCGAAUUGAGGAUCACGGGGCUGGACGACUCCGUCACAAAGACCAAGUUGGCCGCAGCCAUCGCCAGAGUUGGCAAUUGCCCCGUUGACUCUGUCCGGGUCGGGGCUGUCGGCACAGGUCCUGCGGGAGUGGGCAUGGCUACAGUGAGGUGCCCAACGGCGGCGGCUAAGACCCUGGCCAACAGCGGCAGGUUUCUAGUGGGAUGGAGCUCUGCUAGGGUCAGGGUACUGGAGCAGCAACCUCUUCGCUGUUUCCGGUGCUUUGGCCUCGGGCACACGAGAGCCCUCUGCCCGUCAAAAGUUGACAGGAGCUCGCUGUGCUACAGGUGCGGAGGUGCGGGACACCUGGCACCGUCGUGCUCUGCAACAGCCCACUGCGCAGUCUGUGCAGAGGCUGGGAGGCCCUCAGGGCACUCGAUGGGCGGAAGGGACUGCAACCCUCCCCACACGAAAGGCAAGGCGGUCCAAGGAACCAGGACCGCCCCAAGCGAAUGUAGCCGUCAGGCCUCGGAGGAAGCUCAACGAACCAAAAAAUGCACGGACAACUGA